CACUAAGGCUGAACGAUUAAUUGCAUUUGCGAUAAUAUCGCGAUAUGAGAAAAUGCGAUUUUCUAAUCGCUACGUGCGCGAUUUGAGGUGGGCACGUGACGCGAGCGAAAGAGCGGAGAACUCGGCUGCAACAACUUUUCAUCCUGUCAGUUCAUCUUUAACCUGUAGCGCAAUGGCCUCUGCCUCGACGGAACAGUCAGUAACUGACACAGCUGCGACUUUAAUCUCAAAGAGGAACAGCACGUCGGUGGUGUGGAACUAUUUUGGUUUCAAAAAAGAAGAUGCUGCACAGCUUCAGGUGUUAUGCAGAGCAUGCCGUGCUCCCGUUGCGACUUCACGGGGUAACACUACAAACUUGUUUCAGCACUUAAAAAAAUACCACAAAUCAAUGUAUGACAGUUGUAUGACCAAAAUACCGAGCACCAGUGCGCCAGACAGGCCAAAUACCUCAAGACAGGGAUCACUGACCGAAAUGUUCGAAAGUGUCACUCCGUAUGAACGUAAUUCAAAACGGCACGGGGAAAUCACUCGGGCAAUAACCGAGUUCAUAGCCAAAGAUAUGAUGCCUCUCAGCACGAUGACCAAGCCUGGAUUCGUGGCAUUGACAUAUACGCUUGAUAAACGGUACAAUAUACCCUCCCGUACAUACUUCAGUCAGACUGCCAUACCGGAGCUGUACAAAAAGUGUAAAGAGAAAGUCGCCGCGGAGGUUAAAACGGUGGAGUUUUUUGCUAGCACUACAGAUAUGUGGUCAAGCCGCACAGCUGAGCCUUACCAGAGUCUUACAGUCCAUUUUAUUGAUGAAGAUUUCAACCUCAGAGCUCGCUGCCUACAAACUACCUACUUCCCAGACGACCACACAGGGGAAAAUAUUGCAGCCGGCCUGAGAGAAGGGCUUGCCAGCUGGGAUCUCCACGAGGAGAAUCACGUCUGCAUCACGACGGACAACGCGUCAAAUAUGGUUCUGGCUGCGCGGCUUAAUGAAUGGACGAGGCUCCAGUGUUUUGGGCACAGAUUACAUCUUGCCAUUGAAAAUGCACUCAAAGAUGACAGAGUGUCAAGGGCAACAGCACUGUGCAGGAAGCUGGUGGGACACUUUUCCCACAGUUGGAAGAAGAAGGCAGCACUGAUGGAGGCACAGAGGGAGCUCAAACUCCCUGAGCACAACCUCAUAACGGAGUGCCCAACAAGAUGGGGAUCUAAAGAAAUGAUGAUUGCUAGAGUGCUUGAACAGGCCAAAGCCAUUUCUCAGGUAUUGUCUGGAGAUCGAUAUGCACGCUCCCUCAUCCCAACCUGGCAAGAUAUUGAUGUGUUGGAGUCGAUUCACAAGGCACUGCAUCCUCUACUGGAAUUUACUGAUGCUCUUUCUGGAGAGGAGUAUGUGAGCAUCUCCUACCUCAAGCCAGUUCUUCACCUUUUUGCCACAUCAGUCCUGGCUGAAGAUGCUGAGGACACUGACCUGACUAAAUCAAUAAAAACCAAAGUCCUAGCAUACCUCAAUAAUAAAUAUGGAGACCCAAACAUCCAGGAGCUUUUGGAUGUUGCCUGUUUCCUGGACCCUAGGUUCAAAAUACAGUACAUCAGUACUGACAACAUCCCUGCUAUCAAGACCCGACUGAAGACAGAGAUGGUAGACUUAGCACAGCGUACAUAUCAUCGGGAGAAGAGGUCUCGUACUGAAACUGUUCAGAUGCCUCAAAGUGCACAGCCCUUGGGGGAAAAGGCGAAGAGGUCUCUUGGCAGUUUUUUCAAGACCAGUGCAGCCUCUCCUUCUUUGCCUGUUGAAGAUGUCGCAGAGGCAGAGUUAAACAAUUACCUGAUGACUCCUACCAUUGAUGGAGAAGAUGAUCCCUUGGCUUGGUGGAGGGUGCACAAGAUCAGCUACCCACAGUUGUGCAUCAUGGCCCGCAAGUAUCUUUGUGUACCUGCCACAAGCGCUCCCUCAGAGCGUCUUUUUAGCACAGGAGGGAAUAUUGUGACUUGCACUCGCUCAUCCUUGAAGCCAGCAAAAGUCAAUAUUCUGGUUUUCUUAGCAAAAAACCUGUGAGCCACUGAGAACAAAACUGUUGGAUCAUUAUAGCUGGCAGUGCCAUACUCGUAGUGAACUUUAGUCUGUGUGGUGUGUUAUUGUUGUGUACUUGAUAAGUGAGGUUGAUCUAUUCCAAAUUAUAAUAUUCAAAUAGUUUUUGUCUAAUUUAAAAGUGCAUUUCUCCAUUUUUUUAUUUAUAACUUUAUUUAUUUUGAUUUUACUAAAUAUUUUCAAAGCAAAUGCUGUUGCAGUUGUGUGAAAUGUUACUGACUUUGGAGCAGUAAGAUAAUUAUUAUUUUUAAUUAUUUUUUUCUUCAGACUGUAAAUUUUGCACACAGUGUUUACAAAGUGCGCAUACCUUUGUUUAAAUUAUUGAAAUGCACAGUGGCAAAGCCAUAGAUGUUUCUGCAACGAGCAGUUCAAUAAAAAUGUCAUUUAUUUCAAGUCAUACAUGUUUUAAUUUAAUUAUAACAAAUAGGCCCAGCCUAUGGGAAAGAACAUUUCACACUAAAUGCAUCUAAUAUUGUGUUGGUCAUAUUUAAAUAAUUCAUUACGUUUUGUUGGGGAAAAAAGAGGAUAAAAAAAUCUUUACAAAACAAAUCGCAUAUUAAAUCGCAAUCGCAAUAUUGGGGAAAAAAAUCGCAAUUAGAUUAUUUUCCCAAAUCGUUCAGCCUUACUUUGCACCCC